AUGGUAUAUGCACAUGCAGAUGCUACCAAGGCAAUACGGUGUGGGUAUUCAGCGAUCAAGAAAGCACUGGAAGAACUAAUAGAUGAAACAAAGCAGAAGCCAGAGUGUCGUUUGGAAGCAACCGGUCUAGUAACCAGCAUGGAGAAUCUGGAAACUGGGAUCAUGGCUUCACUCUGGGAUAAAGUUCUCCAACGUUAUAUGCUCCAAGAUCCAAAGAUCGACCUUAACUCUGCCAUUUGCCUCUUUGAUAGUCUAAUAGAAUUUACUGGCUCUCAACGUGCAAGAUUCACCUUCUUCGAACAGAAGGGUCAAGAGCUAACUGGAAGCAAUGAGUAUCCCGAGGAGAACCGACGAAAACGGAAACGAAACACUCAAAUGGAUACCUAUGUUCUUUAUCAUGAUGCUCCUGGAACAACUGAAAAUAGUGAAGUGGAAACGCCAUCGGAUCGUUUUCGUGUUGACAGUUUCCUGCCUGUCAUAGACAAACUACAGUUGGCCCUGACAAAGUGCCGUGCAGCCUAUUCAACCAUCAGUGGGAAAUUUGGGUUCCUUCGAAGGCUAACUAGCAUUUCUGCUGAAGAAAUGCACAAGUAUGCAAAGGUAUUGGUGGAUAGUUAUCCAAGUGACCUUGAACCUGAGCUCUCCAGUGAACUCCUCUUCUUUUCCUCCAUUCUGAAGUCAGAUUUUGCAUCUGAAUGUGACUACCUGUCCUCCAAGAAAAAUGAUGCUCCAGAGAUUUGGAUGCAUCGCGUGAUGAUGGGAAACCCAGCACUUCGAAAUUCUCUUCCAAACGUUGGCACCAUGCUCUCAAUAUUCUUAUCUCUGAUGAUGACUAACUGCAGCGGUGAGAGAUCAUUCAGUGUUCUCAAGAAAGUGAAAAACUACCUGCGCGCCAGCAUGGGACAACAUAAAAUGUCUAAUCUGUCACUCCUGACCCUUGAACAUGGUAUGAUGGACUUGUUAGAUGUGGAUGAACUCAUCUCGUGCUUUGCUACACUUAAAUCUCGAAAAGUGUCUCUGUAA